CCAUAUAGAUUGGAUAACAAAUCUGAUAGAGGCUUAAAGCAUUGGAAAGCCGAGGCGUGUGUAGAUUAAUUGAUUUACCUGGAAAAUAAUAAUCGAAAUGCCUAUUUUGGAUAAAAGAAAAGGCGAUGAUAUUUUAUCGCUCGUUCCUGCUUCGAAGAAAACCAAAAACGAAGUUGUAUUUAGUAGUAGAGAGAAAGCAGUCGUUCAGAGUGGACCACCGAGAACAUCGUCGCUGACUGCUCCUAUAAUGCUUUUGGAAGGGCAUCAAGGAGAUAUUUUUUCUUUAGAAUUUCAUCCAGAAGGGCAGUAUCUAGCUUCAACAGGAUUUGACAGACAAAUUUUUAUUUGGAAUGUUUAUGGAGAAUGUGAAAACAUUUCUGUUAUGUCUGGUCAUAGCGGUGCAAUAAUGGAAAUGCACUUUAAUCCUGAUGGAAAUCAUUUAUAUACAGCAAGUACCGAUAUGACACUAGGUUUAUGGGAUUUGAUAGCUGGAACUAGAAUAAAAAAGCUAAAAGGCCACACAUCUUUUGUUAAUUCUGUUAAUGGAGCACGACGUGGUAUAACUCAGCUUUGUUCUGGUAGCGAUGAUAGUACUAUUCGAAUUUGGGAUCCUCGAAAAAAAGGACAAUGUUAUACUUUAAAUAAUACUUAUCAGGUUACUGCAGUGACGUUUAAUGAUACCGCUGAACAAGUAGUCAGUGGUGGUAUUGACAAUGAUAUUAAAGUUUGGGACUUGAGGAAAAAUGCAAUAUUGUAUAAAAUGAAAGGCCACACUGAUACAGUUACUGGAUUAGCUCUAAGUCCAGAUGGUUCCUAUAUUCUUUCCAAUGGAAUGGAUAAUACAUUAAGAAUUUGGGAUAUCAGGCCAUUUGCACCUUAUGAAAGAUGCGUCAAAAUUCUAUCUGGUCAUCAACAUAAUUUUGAAAAGAAUUUAUUAAAAUGUGCAUGGUCUUUGGAUGGCAGUAAAGUAUCUGCAGGAUCUUCAGAUAGAUUUCAUUAUAUUUGGGAUACAACUAGUAGACGAAUUUUGUAUAAACUUCCUGGACACAAUGGAUCUGUUAAUGAUGUUGAUUUUCAUCCAAAAGAGCCAAUUGUAUGCUCUGGUUCGAGUGAUAAACAAAUAUAUUUGGGAGAAGUUGACGCUUAA